AUGGGAAAGCGCAAGUCGUCCAGUAAACCCCAAGGGCCGCGAAAGCGGGAACCUCUUGCCACCACAUUCGCUUGUCUCUUCUGCAACCAUGAAAACUCGGUCGUUGUCAAGCUAGACAAGAAGCUGGGUCUUGGCGAUCUAUCUUGCAAAGUUUGCGGGCAGAAGUUCCAGACCGGCAUCAACUAUCUCUCCGCUGGAGUUGACGUUUAUUCCGACUGGGUCGACGCGUGCGAUGCUGUGGCCAAGGAAAGCGCCAACCAAUACGAUGGCGCUACGAGCUCGCAGCUGGCAAGCAGCAAACAGGGUGCGCCGGCACUAGCGGAGGCCGAUGAAGACGAUUACUGA